ACGUGUGGCAAGAACCGCCUCUCUUUCUGGCAAUAUGCGUGCUCGCCGACGUAUAUCUUAGGGAAGCCGGUCUCAUGUAUAUUGCAGUCGUAUUGAGCGGGGUUGCUCCUAUGGAUAGGCAUGUGUGCUUCCUUCACCGUUUUCGCUGUCGUUUAUGGUCUUUUCAGUAAUGCAUCAGUCCAUUCUUACAUUCUCUUUCGAUUGUACCGAAUCUGGGACGACCGAAAGUUUGUCAAAUAUGUCCUUGGUCUCACCGCGGAAGUGCAAUACGUGCAGUUUCAUGCCAUAAAUCAGGCCGCGACAUGCGUAUUCCCUAAGAAGUCUUGGUAUCUUGUAGGCUCUUGGGCAGGCAUGGUCGCAUUCGAUUUGAUUGCACUUGCCAUGGUCACCCUGAGCUCCCUGAUGACCCCGCGUAGACCCAACACUGCCAUUGUCGGUGUUCUAUACAAACAGGGGUUCCUUACAUUUUUGGCGUUUCUGCUUCUACGACUAUCAAGAUUACUGCCAACCAUAUUCGGAUCGGCUGCGGACACGUUACUCAUGCCACCGGUUACGUGGGCGCUAGACGGCGUUCUUAGCUUCCGACUCUUUCUGAAGAUCAAGCAGGUCGAGCACAGUUCGAGGCGACACUGGUCAAAGUACGACGCGGGCCCGCGAACACGAGGCAACGGGAGUCUUGGUUCACAACCGACCAUCCUUGUGUUCGAGGAGAUCGAGAUGGACAAUAAAUAGAUGUCGGUGAACACUCGACGGAAAGACACGACGUUGGCACCACUAC